AUGAAGGUGGGCGGCAAGGAGGUUUGGUGGUCCCGCGACGACGUCGAAGACAACUUGGCAAUCGGACCGUCUGGCGACGCAGCGGCUGAGGAGGUGCAGAAACUUCGGACGCAGGUCUACGAGGAGGCUGACGUUCAAGAGGCACCCGAAGCAACUACUGCACCCGCCGCAGAUGAAGGUGAAGUGUACAAGGGCCCAGCGCCCACCCGGCCUCUGGUGGCGGGCACAGGCUGCGUGUACGAGGUGGUCUGCGACAGGCUCGUCAUACGUACGGCGCCGGACCCGCAGGCUCCCAUGCAGGGCACCCGACGUCGCGGACUGAAGUUGGAGCUGUUUGACUGGGAUCCCUCUAGGACAUGGAGGCGGAUUAGUACUUCUCUGGGACCCGCUUGGGUCCAGCUGGAUACCGAGGCUGGCCCCAACUUGCGGCCCAAAGAUGUUCCCUUCUCGCAGCAGCCGCAGCAUCCUCUCUGUCAGGCUGCACGGGAAGGAUGCCUUCCAGACAUUCAGCGCUUCCUGUCCGAAGGUCUUUCUGUGAAUGCCAGAGAUGUCGACGGACAGACGCCCUUGAUGCUUGCUGCGCAAGGCUACGGCUGGGAGGGCUUUGUCGCAUGCGUGCUGCUGCUGGAAGCGGAUGCUGAUCCGAAUCAAACGCUGAGCCGCCCAGAGGAGGCAGGGCAACGUGAGAAGCUGGUCCGAUUGGAGCGCGAGAAACGCGCUGCUGCUGAGCGUGAGGAUUUCGCAGAGGCCGGGCGCCUCAAGCAAGAGCUGGAUGUCUUGAAGCGAAGCCUGGAGGAUACCGGAACCACGGCACUGUCGCUCGCAGGGGAUUCGGCUGCCGCGGAUCUGCUUCAGAUGAUCUCAACAGGGACCUUGUGCUCCGACAUGCAGAAGUUGCAUGCCGUUUAUGACGACAUUCAAGCUCUGCCCGAGCCAGCCUGUAAGGGCAUCCCAGGCAGGGUCGAAGCACUGGUCCGUGGCGCUGAGCGCAAAAUCCAGUUGAACCAGAAGCAGCCCAGCCCAGCAGCGCCACCCACGGCGAGGCCAGCGCUCGCACCACACUCGGAAGCCUCCACAGAGGACUCGCCCUCGCGGGCUACAGCGGCUACAGGCCAGGUUAAGCCUCAGACACCGAUAGAGGAACCACCCGCGCCAGCUGAAGUGGAGACCAAUUCUGAGGAUGACCUGCCUUUGCUUGACACACAGGUGCCCGAGGACUCCCAAGGGGUGGUCUACAGGGUGGUGCAGGACAAAGCCAUGGUCUACGAAGAGGCAUCAGUGUCUGCGGAAGUUCUGGGCGUGCUGGUCAAGAAUCAGCUUGUAGAAGUAUUUGACUAUGAUCGUUCCAGGUCUUUCGGUCGCAUAGAAGUGUGCCACCGAACCACUAAGUUUCGAGAGAGGGGAUGGGUGCUGUUCAUGGAUGAGGUCCAAGGAGACUUGCUGAAGGCCUUCCGCCGAUAG